UCUAAGAGGCGGGGCCGGGGAAGGAAUCUGCGCCGGUGGCUUCCCAGGGCCGGGCUCCGGUGGGGCCCUGGGGGGGCGCGGGUCGUCCGCCCCCGCCGCCGAGGGCUAUAGUGGGGCUCGCCCAGGCUCACUCGGGGGUCCCCGGUCCGCCUCGGGAUUAUGCCACGAAGUUUCUGUGGGGCCCAACGUUCCGCUCGGGGAAACGGCAGGGGCCGGGAAAUGUGAAGGCUCCUUCUGCCCAGGCGGUCUUCGGGGUCCCCAGAGCCAGCUGGGGUGGGGGUCGCGCUCCCCUUUCCUGGUCACUGCUUGGGCACUUCUGGGGGGGCAGCAGCUGCAGGCCUGGACCCGGGCCGCCGGGCGGAGGGAGCAGCCGCGAGGAGGGGCGCGCAGCCCCGCGCGCUGGUGCGCUUGCGCGCUGGCUCCCGCAGGCUCCCGGUUCAGGAGCCGCGAGGCCCCGCGGGCGGGCGGCCUCUCCCCUGUCCUGCAGGACCCCCGCACUUGCAAAGUGGGCUGCCGGCCCCUGGGGGGCUGUUGUGAAUCAUAAACAAUGUGCCCGGAACCCCGCGAGGCUCUGGGAAGGUAUUACAUUGUAUUAAAAUGACUUGUUUAUCUCCAAGUUGCAUCAAUGCCCCCGGCGGCCAGACUUCCCGGGGCCACCUCUUGGAAUCCAUCCUCCUUCUCCUCCACCGCCUGCCAUAGCAGUGCCCUUUGGCCUCAGUCUCCCCACUGGACGAAUGGGGGUAAUACGCACCCCCAGGGCUGUCUUGAGGAUUGCUCGAGCGAACUUCAGGGCACUGGGACAUCUGUGCAGCAAAGGCUACAUAAAUAUUCACUGUUUAUUAAUAUACUUGCCUUGUGUUUCUCCCAGGUCUAGGAGUAGACAGUUGGCACCACCUAAUAAUUGUUUGCUGACUUAAUGAAAGUCAGUGGGACCCUUAACUCCCUUCUCUGCUGCUCCAUCACCUUAUCGGGUUCCUUCUGCCUCCCCCACCCCAAACUCCAGGUCCCCGAGAUCUGCCAAGGGUUUGGGGGAACAUUCAACCUGUCGGUGAGUUUGGGCAGCUCAGGCAAACCAUCGACCGUUGAGUGGACCCCGAGGCCUGGAACUGCCGUCCUCUCGUCCAUCCAGCUGUGACCCCCCCAACCUUCCAGAUCUGGGGGGCUGGGGGAGCCCCUGAUCCAGCCUCUCCCUUAGGCCACAGCGAAGGUCACAAUCAACAUUCAUUGUUGUCGGUGGGUUGUGAGGACUGGAGGCCAGACCCACCGGGGGAUGAAUGUCACUGUGGCUGGGCCAGACAUGGCCUCAGGGGGGUGGGAAGGGAGCGAGGACUGACCUGCCCCCCAGAAUCACUCAGCCUGUUCCUUGCCCUGAUGCCAGACACUCCCGGCGCCUUGGGGGGGAGGGUGGUGUCUGGGAUCUUGACGGACACAGAUUGGAUUGGGGGCAUGAAUCCUGGAGGUGGGGGUGGGGAAAUCAGAGGCUGGGGGCCACGCAGCGGAAAAACCUUUUCUGAAAGGGCAGGGUGAAUUCUGCUUCCCAGAGAGCUCAGUGAAGCUUUCUUGGCUGGGUGGCUGGGUGGUUGGGGUGUGUGAGCAAAACCAACCCUCUUCUGUGUGUCCAAGUCCUGGGCUCAGCUUUGUACCCUCCUAGCUGGGUGUCCCCAGACCCUGCUCUCUGCAUGUCUUGGUGCUACUGGAUCCUUCCAGCUGGGAGUCAGCUGGGUGACUCCUGGGCACACCCACCCUUUUGAGAGGGAGCUGAGAUCUCAUUUGAGGGAGGUUGGGGGGAACCAAAGAGCUGCAAGUGCUGGGGGUCCCAUUAGCCCCACCUGGCUUUUGCUCUCCCUUACCCCCUCCUCCAGAGUGUUUUGUCUCCCCCCAAUAACCCUGGGCCAGGGGUCUGCUGCCGCCCCAGCACCCAGCCUCCAGGUAACUCCGGUAACUGGGGGCUCCGGUAACUGGGAGGAGGACGCAGAGUUUGAGCUUAUCUUUAUACAUAACCUAAAGGACCAGUGACUUCAAACCUCAAUCUGCUCAUCCAUUAAAUGGGAGUUCCACUGAGACAAUGGAUGGGAAAACUCCCCAGGGAGGCCUGAGCUGGGGAGGGUGGUCCUUGUCACUCUGGCCCUCAAGCCAGGGGCUACCCUCCUUCCACAGACAGUAGGAGCAUCAGCAUACCCCCCCCAUCAAAGAGCCCAGGGGCACCUGGCCCCUCCCCAGCCCACAGCAGGAAGAAAGAAGUUACUAAGUUACUGGUCACUUCAGUGCUAGUCUUUGGGGGAGGUGUUCCUAAGCCAUGUACCCACCUCCAGUGGGGCUGGAGGGGGUGGCCUCCUAUAAGGAGGCGGAGGCAGGGUAGCCCCGGUGCUCUGGGGGUGUUGGGGUGUGUGGCACUGGAUCUCGGGUGCCCCUUGCGGCCUCUGCCCUGCUGUGCGCUGUGCGCCGGCCCACCCAGAGACUAUGAAUCCCCUUGGCAGGUGCAUUAAGGGGGCACCGAGCCCCCCUGUGACAAUAAGGAACCUCCCACAGCCCACUCCUCCCCCUUCACACCCCCUUGGAGGUAAAAGGAGGGAAUAGACAGCCCAGACUCCCCGGCUCCAGGGAGGUGAAGGGAGGGGCGGUGGGGCAGGGGCAGAGGAAGGAGCUUGGGCCAGGCAGGGUUUCUUCUCUCUCUGCCCCUCUGCCUGGCACCUGUGGCCCAGCCAUGGGGACCUUUGACCUGUGGACUGAUUACUUCGGCUUGGCACGCCUGGUUGGGGCUCUGCGUGGGGAAGAGGAGCCCGAGGCCAGGCUGGACCCCCAGCCAGAGCCAGCGCCGAGCCCAGAGGGUCAGGAGCCCAGCCCAGAGUCAUCGCCAGCCCCCGAGCGCCUGUGCUCCUUCUGCAAACACAACGGCGAGUCCCGGGCCAUCUACCAGUCCCACGUGCUGAAGGACGAGGCGGGCAGGGUGCUGUGCCCCAUCCUGCGCGACUACGUGUGCCCCCAGUGCGGCGCCACGCGCGAGCGUGCCCACACGCGGCGCUUCUGCCCGCUCACCGGCCAGGGCUACACCUCCGUCUACAGCUACACCACCCGCAACUCGGCCGGCAAGAGGCUGGUCCGGCCCGACAAGGCGAAGACGCAGGACUCCGGCCACCGCCGAGGAGGAGGAGGAGCGGCAGGAGCAGGUUCCAAAGGUGCCGGGAAGUCCGGACCACCCUCUUCCUGCUGCCCGUCCACUUCCACCUAGGAGGCCGCCUUCCCCGGGACGUGGACCCAGGCGCGGCGGUGGAGGCUGGAUUUCCGGGAAGAUCUACCCUAGGAGGACCCGCCCCUAGACCUUUCCUAGUGUGUGUUGGGGAGAUGGUGGCUGUUUGGGGCUGGCCAGGGAACACCCCCAUCCCCUCCCCACCCCUGUAAGGAGCCGUUCUCGGGCACCCCACCCUCCCUGCCAAGCUGCCGGCCCAGUGACAGUCUGCUGCUCACAGCUGUCAUCUCCGCCCGUGCGGGCACCCAGUCAGCGCUCAAUAAAUGCUUAUGAAUGGAUCAA